AGCAGCAAACAACUUUUUGCGCUGGGAUAAAAGACGAUGUUGGAACCUGGCCCUCUGUAGACAUGCUUGUGCACUACACCCCGGUCCAAGCACUCCUGCUGGCGGGGAAGGAGGAACCAUCUUUAUCUAUCCAGCAACACAACCUUUUUCAGGCCUCGCUCCUCCCAUCUCAAAUUCUUAUUGCAUGCAUGUUCGUGUUCUUCCUUGGCUGAGAAACAUACACAACUGAAUGCAGUUCCUGUGAGCCCUGGCCUUGUGCCCAGUCUGUUAAUCUGCACUGCUUAGUAACCAUUAAACAUUAUCUAUCACCUCUGUGGAAAGGAGGAGAUGGAUGAUUAUUUGUCAUUUGGAUAGGUCUGCACCUGUCCAAAGAGCUAAGGUAACAGAAAAGGGACUCGGUCAUUUAAAUACCUCACAAAGAAUGAACAGAAAGUCAGUCUUUGUCCUGCUGAUCUGCCUACAUUUUACAGUCUUCAGUUUACACAGAAGCAACAGAGAUCUUGUGAUCUGAAUGCGCUGACGUGUAGGAAUGGAACUCUGACCUCCAGCAGUCCCAUCCUAUGCACUGAGCAGAACAGUACUUAUUCCAGCCUGCAAAAUGGACAAAUCUCAGGCAAGACUGCAGUUCUAUUCUUACACCUUGAAUAUGUAAAAUCAAAAACUAAAGCUAUAUGAGGAUGCAUAAAUGAGAUCAAAUCUCAGAUGAGAAGCAGCUUCAAAGGUCAGAGAUGUGCUAGACUGAACUCAGCAUAAUUUUUGGAUCAGUGUUAGUUAAUUAAUAAUCUUACACAUUAUUUAAACUCAAAUCCUCAGCAAGUGCUGCUUAUAUAUCCAAGUUUUCAGAGCAGUACAAGUGACAACACACUACCAAGCAGCAAGCUUAAGAUUCCAUUCUUCCCUAGAGGAAUAUUUAGCUAAUAAUUAUCCUUUAUGCAAAUAGAGCAAUGCCUGAGUGAAGACUUUCAUUCAUUCCAACGUGCAAAAACAGAGCUGAACACUCCUGUCAAAAAGCUACCCAGGAACACACACAUCAAGUAAACACUGGGACAAUGGAAAGACCACUUGAGGCUAUCAGGAUGGAAAAUAACACUUCUUCCUGCUUUCUCAUGGAAAGAAAGACUCAUGCCAAAAUUAACAGGAAAGAAGUCAUGCUAGCUAAGCUGAGGAAAAGCUGCUCCUGUACCCCAAAGAAGCUGAAGAACUUUGUCAUGGACUUCUUUCCUGUUUUACGAUGGCUCCCUAAGUACCAUUGCAAAGAGUACAUCUGGGGGGACGUUAUGUCUGGGUUAGUGAUUGGGAUCAUUUUGGUGCCCCAAGCAAUUGCUUACUCACUGCUGGCAGGUCUGAAGCCCAUUUAUAGUCUUUACACAUCAUUCUUCGCCAACAUCAUCUAUUUCUUAAUGGGCACAUCCCGUCAUGUCUCGGUUGGCAUUUUCAGCCUGAUAAGCUUAAUGGUAGGACAAGUUGUGGACCGAGAACUUCUCUUGGCUGGGUUUGACUUGAAUGAUGAUGCUCCACCAGCCUUAGGUGAUGGCUCUCUGCAGAAUGACAGUCAGACCAACACAACUGCCUUCAACCUUACAAUUGCAGGGAUGAAUGCUGAGUGUGGGAAAGAAUGCUAUGCUAUUGGCAUUGCUACAGCCUUGACAUUUGUGGCUGGAGUGUACCAGGUUCUAAUGGGAAUCUUUCGUCUGGGUUUCGUAUCUAUGUACCUAUCUGAGUCUGUACUAGAUGGCUUUGCAACUGGUGCUUCCUUAACCAUUUUAACAGCUCAAGUGAAGUAUCUGAUUGGAAUAAAAAUCCCACGUAGCCAAGGGCAUGGGAUGCUUGUUAUUACCUGGAUUAACAUUUUCCGGAACAUUUCUCAGGCUAACCUUUGUGAUGUCAUCACAAGUGCCAUUUGUAUCGUGGUGCUGGUCACUGCUAAGGAACUGGGAGAUCGGUAUAAGCAUAAGUUGAAAUUUCCUCUUCCCACAGAGCUGGUAGUUAUUGUUGUGGCAACACUGGUUUCACACUAUGGGAAGUUAAAUGAAGUGUAUGCAUCCAGUGUUUCUGGAGCUAUUCCAACAGGAUUUAUUCCCCCCAAGGUACCACAUUUCAACUUAAUGCUCCGAGUUGCUGUAGAUGCUUUGCCUCUUGCCAUAGUCAGCUUUGUCUUUACUGUAUCCCUUUCUGAAAUGUGUGCAAAGAAAUACGCUUACACCAUCCGAGCCAAUCAGGAAAUGUUUGCUGUGGGGUUCUGCAACAUCAUUCCAUCUUUCUUCCACUCUUUUGCAACCAGUGCAGCUCUGGCAAAAACACUCGUCAAAACAUCUACAGGCUGCCAGACUCAAGUCUCUGGAGUAAUUAGUGCAAUGGUGGUUUUGCUGGUGCUGCUCUUCUUGGCACCUCUCUUCUACUCCUUGCAGAAGUGUGUCCUGGCUUGUAUCAUCAUUGUCAGCCUCCGAGGAGCCCUGAGGAAGUUCCGAGAUGUGCCAGCACGGUACCACGUGAAUAAGGUGGACACACUUGUUUGGGUCGUUACCAUGUCUGCCUCUGCCUUGAUCAGCACAGAAAUAGGGCUGUUGGUUGGCAUUGUUUUCUCCAUGUUAUGCAUCAUAGUUCGGACACAGCGGCCACGGACAGCCCUGCUCGGUCAGAUCCAAAACACCAGCUUUUAUGAGGACGACUUAGAAUAUGAAAAUCUCUCGUCAGUUCCAAAGGUCAAAAUAUUCCGUUUUGAGGCCCCACUUUACUAUGCAAAUAGAAACUAUUUCCUGAAGUCUCUGUACAGGUUGACUAACUUGGAUCCUAACCUAGAAGCUGCUAGACGGAAGAAAUAUGAGAAGAAGGAGAAGCAGCAUCUGAAAAAGGGAGAUCACACAACUGCUAAUGGACUGGGUGUUGGAGAAACUACUCUGCAGCUAGUUCCUAAGCAAAUUGAUUUCCAAGCCCUUGUUGUAGAUUGCUCUUCCAUCUCAUUUUUGGACACCACUGGAGUUAAUACUCUAAAGGAAAUCCUGAAAGACUACAAGGACUUAAAUAUUUCUGUUCUCCUGGCUUGCUGCAAUCCCUCAGUGAUAGACUCUCUGAAAAGAGGAGGUUACUUUGGGAAAGAUUUUGGGAGUAUACAGGAAAUGCUGUUCUACAGCAUACACAACGCUGUGCAGUUUGCAAAAGACCAAAAGCUUUCAGCAGAUUGCUCAAUUUAAUCCUGUGUCUUCUGGACAAUUCAUUACAAAAGUGGCAGAUGGGGAGGGGCAGUUUGCAAUAAUUAAAUUAUCAGACACACUGUUGGCUGUGUACAGCAAUGGGCCUACAAGCCAUUCUCCCUUUAAGAGCUCUGCUGUUUGUCAAAUGCCUCAUAGAACAGCCCAGCCACUGGGGAUGCAGUCCAGGACCCGGAUGGAACAGGUUGGAUUAUUACCCAAACCUUCACUUUAAAAUGCAGGUGAUGUGCAAUAGGGCAGUUCAGGAUUGACUUCCUACCUUGUGCCAUGAUCACGUGUGACCCAACAUACAUCAUGGUACUGUCGUGCUGGAAGGUCUGCCCAAUGUCAGCUGACUCUCCCACUGGUUUAAUUGCUAGUUUGUUUUAAGAUGGCUAAGCCAUCUCCAUGAAAAUGCAAUCAAUCUAGCAUCUUGGAUAUAUAAUGGUUUAAAUUCUGGCUUUCAAGGCCCUCCCCCUUUCAUCAUUCUAGGUGUGCUUCUAAACAACUAGAAGCCCACUAUUCGCAUACUAAUAAAAUGUAUAAAAUAUUAUUGAAUGUGGCAUGUCUCUCCACCUUGAUUACACAGGCUGGAGUCACCUAUGUUAUUAGCUUCAAUCUGUGGUAAUUAGUUACUGAUGGUUGUGAUACCCUUAGCGACGCUGAAAAAAAUACAACUCUGAUGCACAAUUUUGUCAACUAGUAAAAGGAUCAACAGGAUUAAGAAAAAUGAAUGGCUUUAACUGUCAGUCAAACAGUUACCCAGGCAGUUGCACCAUCCAGUAAAAAUAAGUUGCCUCUGGUGGGCAGACGCAACUCCAAUUCAGGAACAUAUAAGGACCACCAAACGUAAAAUCUCAGAACUGUGAUGCAGCACAGUAUGUUCUUCCUAUAAGUGCCUGCCUGGGUGCAAAAAAAAAAUGUGAGAAAGGAGGGUAGGGUGGGAAGGUAAAUCUGUGACCUGCCUAGAAGGGGAGUGAUGGGUCAGUCAGAACUGUCUGGCUGGUCUUCUCUGACGCCAUCAAUGCUAAUGAAACUUUACAGUAGCACAGCUGGGCCAAGUAAAGGAAGCAAUGCUUUGUAAGUUGUGUAUCCCCAUAUGCUUUAAAAAUUCCACCACUAUUUGUACAUACUACAGAUGUUUGGUGUUUUUGUUUUGUUUUUGUUGGGUUUUUUUUUAACUCCUAUCAUGUUAUUCUUUGAUUUAAGGUCGACUAAACUAUGUUUUCCAGGUCUGGGUUACUUUCUAUAAGAAUUUGCAUUAACUGCUGUUCAUUCUGCUUUAUGUCAAAUGAUACCACCAGAGUCAGUUUUGUUGUUAUAUAUGCAUGUUUCCUCUUUACAAAUAAGCAUAGAUUUAGAUUUUGAUUGUAACAGUUAGUAUCCAUGGCAUUGGCAGAAUAUCCUCUCAUAUUCCAGCUUAUAAUUACCUGCAUGAAAGGUAGGACAGUUGCACUAUCUUUCUCUCCUUAUUCAUGAUUGGUUCACACAUAGCACCAAGCAUGGAAGGAAAUUCUAUCACACCUGUGCCUCUUACAACUAGCGGACUCUAGAAAUAGGCUUCAUAUAUGCAGAAGCCAUUUCUCUGCUGUGCCGUUUAAAAAAGUAAACAUCAGGUCAACACAUCAUAUGACUUGCUUAUUUCAACUUUUCAGGUCACUGAAUGAAAGAACACUCAAACUGAGGUUCUCCAGGUGUCCCAGAGCCUGUCUGGCUCUCAAGAACAAAUAUUUUGUUAAAGGAAAAGCAGUGCACUCUCAAAAGAUAAAAUAAAAAAAAAGUCUUCACAGGGAUUGAGAAUAACACAAUAUUAGGCAAGUGAUUCAAUGCUGACAUUUUCAUGCACUCAUUAUAAAAAAGCAUAUCAGCUGCGCAGUUAGUACUGCUAGAGCAGUAAAACCUGACACAAAUAUCUGUCAAGAUUAAAGGAUUGACCAUUGGCAGCAUUUUUCUGCCAUAAACAAUUUAAUCACAUUAUUCUUUAAAUUGCUGGGUUGGUAUGCCUACCUUCUUUCUGUCAUAAAAGCAAAUGGGCAGACCCCAACGACAAACUAUUGCUUUGUGUCUGCUUUUGUUUCUAACGAUUCUUUGAUCCGGGGAUAUCUCUUUGAAGGUCCUGGAGGGCCUAGCAUGAGGAAGUGCGUUUACAAGAGUUACUGCCAGACAGUAUCAAUAUAGACACUCUUAGGCUGUUGAGCCAAAGCAAGCUGUCAUUGGAAGUCAAAUAGAAUUGUUUCAGUACAAAACAACACACAUCCCAGCAAUCUAGACUUCUUUUAUCUUUAUGGGUCAAGCUACCAGCCUAGAACACAAAGGAAAAAAUGUAAAAAUACUCUUAACUCUAGAUGAAUCUCACCUUAAGACAGAAAUUAAAAGGGAGAUUCCAGCGGAAGGGGUAUCCUUGCAACAGUUUCUGGAGAAAAAUUAAGAGAGGCUGCCCUUCUCUUAUCCAGCAGGCUGAGAAAUUAAGUCAGAAGUCUCUUUUUCAUCGUAUUUAUUGUAAGAACGGCACUAAAGUUUCAGCAAAGAAACUUGGCUUGCAUAAGAGUGGGGUAAGCUUUAAGACUUUUAUUGGAAAGAAACUAUUGACCAGAAUAAAUCAGAAGAACAAUUUUCUGUUGGCAGAGCUGGCUCACAAUCAAGUUGUUGUGUUGUACAAUGUCAAACACAGCAGGGAAACAGCUUUCAGUGCUAUCAUGUGGGAGUGAUGAUGCUGGGAGACUGUAAAUUAUUUUUAAGCAGUAUGUAAAAGGUAACUAAAAAAAGCAAGCCUUUUUAUGUCACGUUUAUGUUUGCUAUACUGCAUUAUGCCAAGAUCAAAGGUAUGAAGAUUGAAAAUGUUGAAAACUGCUGAUUUUCUUCUAUUCUACCAGGAAUUAGGUACUGUGACUUGGAGAAGAGAUGGGGAUAGGAUUGCAAUUCCAAGUAGGUUAAUACUAAUGUUGAAAUAAAGUAUUAUAUGCGUUUUAGGAAAUGUUAUAUCUAACAAGUAGAUUGACUAUAUUUUUGUUCACUGUGGUGCCUUGUAUAAAUCAUGUAUCCAACAACCUUUAGAACUGCUACAUAAGAAUAGGAAAGGGUUCUUAACUUGCAGACGGCGUGGGUCCCAUGGAGCUGGACAAAGAGUUGGGAAUCUUUACCUCAAACUCUCCUGUUAACCAGUGCACCAUGGCCAGAAUGUGUGGUCUAGGUGUCAAAAUUGCUGUAUUUAUUGGCACUGGUAACUAACAACCAGGGAACUGUCCAGUCCAUGAAAGACACCUUGGGUUCCCCCAUAAGCAUUAAUAUUCCUGUGUCACAUGACAUAGAGACCAAUGUGUGCUUUUGGUUGGAAAAUAAAACCACCAGUUCUU